CCAGCCCCGGCUUCUCUGGCCUUGGGCAGAGACAGCGGCAGAGGCAACUGAGCAGAGAGCCUAGAGAGCCUUGUAACCGCAGCCUGCAUCAGGCCUGGGACUGCGGGUCAGACCAUCCGGGAUGCGGGCUCAGUUUCCUAACUCAGCACAGAUCUCCGGUUUCCCGUCUCAUCCAGAGCAUCACGAAUGAGGGUAAAUCUGCGGGCUGGCAGCGAGUGUGGAGGCGACAGAGGGCCAGUAUCCCUCAGCUCUCUCCAGCUACGAGCUAGCGCCACCUGCCCUGGUCCCGCCCACCUGGUCUCCCGGUUGCGCGCUUUCUGACGUUGGGCGGGGCCAGUCGGGGAGGAACCUGCCGGAGCCUGGCCAGGUAAGCGGUUGGAGUUGCAGGCACCAAGUGAAGAGCGCUGUGGUCGUAGGCAGAGCUACAGAGAGACAAGGAAGCAACAGCCACACUGGGAGCCACCGGAGGGCCCUCAGUGGUGUCCAUGGCUGGCCAGGACCCGACGCUGAGCACGAAUCAUCCAUUCUAUGACGUGGCCAGACACGGCAUCCUGCAGGUGGCAGGGGAUGAUCGCCAGGGGAGGCGCAUCUUCACGUUCAGUUGCUGCCGCUUGCCACCCUCGCACCAGCUCAACCACCAGCGCCUGCUGGAGUAUCUGAAGUACACGCUGGACCAGCAUGUGGAGAAUGACUAUACUAUUGUCUACUUUCACUACGGCCUCAGCAGCCAGAACAAACCAUCCCUGGGCUGGCUCCAGAAUGCCUACAAGGAGUUUGACCGCAAGUACAAGAAGAACCUGAAGGCGCUCUAUGUUGUGCACCCCACCAACUUCAUCAAAGCCUUGUGGAACAUCUUCAAGCCCCUCAUCAGUCACAAGUUUGGGAAAAAGGUCACCUACUGCAGCAGCCUGCGUGAGCUCCGAGAGCACCUUCAGUGCGACCAACUGCUCAUCCCCCCAGAAGUAGUACGGUAUGAUGAGAAGCUGCAAAACCUACACAAAGGCCAAUUGCCCCCUCCCACCAAGACUCCGCCCCCUCGGCCACCUCUGCCCACCCAGCAGUUUGGAGUCAGCCUACAAUACCUCAAAGACAAAAAUCAAGGCGAGCUCAUCCCCCCUGUGCUGCGGUGGACAGUGACGUACCUGAGGGAGAAAGGGCUGCGCACGGAGGGUCUGUUCCGGAGAUCGGCCAGCGCCCAGACUGUCCGCCAGGUGCAGCGACUGUACGAUCAAGGAAAGCCGGUGAACUUUGAUGACUACGGAGACAUGCAUGUCCCAGCUGUGAUCCUGAAGACCUUCCUGCGCGAGCUGCCCCAGCCACUCCUGACCUUCCAAGCUUACGAGCAGAUUCUCGGGAUCACCAGUGUGGAGAGCAGCCUGCGUGUGACACACUGUCGCCUGAUCCUGCAGAGCCUCCCGGAGCACAACUACACCGUCCUCCGCUACCUCAUGGGCUUCCUGCAUGAGGUAUCUCAGGAGAGCAUUUCAAACAAGAUGACCAGCUCAAACCUGGCAUGUGUGUUCGGGCUGAAUUUGAUCUGGCCGUCUCAGGGGGUGGCUUCCCUGAGUGCCCUGGUACCUCUGAACCUCUUCACGGAGCUGCUGAUUGAGUACUACGACAAAGUCUUCAGCGCCCAGGAGGCCCCCGGGGAGCACACGCAGAACACUGUGGAAGUAGAACAGGCUGGUCCUGUCACCAGAGGAUUCACGCCCACAGGCACGCCCCGGGCCUCACCAUACUUGCCGCGCCUCCGUGUCCCCUGACUGGCAGGAGACACCUCAAGUUGGAGAUGCCGCCUUGCAACCUGUGUUGCAUCUGUGUCCCCGUUUGUUCUAUGAACUUAUUGUCUGUAAGAAGACACAGGAAUUAAAUGAACCCAGAACUUUUUAGUGAGAA